AACUCAUCCUCGUCAGACCAAAGAUUAAAAACUGCCAGUGUAAGGGUCAGGGCUCCAGCAGACCCUGAAAGCUGAGCCAUCCCCGACCCCCAAAGUGAGGAGAAGCUGCAAGGGGAAGGGAGGGACAGAACCAGGAGAGAAGAAAAGAAGGAGGGGCAGCCCACCAAGCUGUGGUGCCCCCACAGAGCCAGCUCAGUUUCAGCUACAGGAGCCACUCAGCUGCAGAGGCAGCAGCAGCCCUGAUCCUCAGGCGAAGGACGGCAGGCAGACAGACAGAAGUCCCGGAUUGGAAGUCCACAGACCCCCGGCCACUUGGCCUGGCCUGGCCCCAUGGCCUUCAAUGACCUCCUGAAGCAGGUGGGGGGCGUCGGCCGCUUCCAGCUGAUCCAGGUCACCUUGGUGGUCCUUCCCCUGAUCCUGCUGGCCUCCCACAACACUCUGCAGAACUUCACUGCCGCCAUCCCCACCCAUCACUGCCGCCCACCUGCCAACGCUAACCUCAGCAAGGAUGGGGGGCUAGAAGCCUGGAUCCCCCAAGAUAGGCAAGGGAGGCCUGAGCCUUGCCUUCGCUUUACCUCUCCCCAGUGGGGAAUGCCCUUUCCCAAUGGCACAGGGGAUAAUGGCACCAGGAUCACAGAACCGUGCACUGAUGGCUGGAUGUAUGACAACAGCACCUUCCCUUCCACUAUUGUGACUGAGUGGAACCUUGUAUGCUCCCACAGGGCCUUACGUCAGUUGGCCCAGUCCCUGUACAUGACAGGGGUGCUACUGGGAGCCAUGAUGUUCGGCUACCUGGCAGACAGGCUGGGCCGCCGGAAGGUGCUGAUUCUGAACUACCUGCAGACAGCCGUGUCUGGAAUAUGUGCAGCCUAUGCACCCAACUUCUCCGUCUAUUGCACCUUCCGGCUCCUCUCGGGCAUGUCUCUGGCUAGCAUUUCCAUCAACACCAUGACGCUGAAUGUGGAGUGGAUGCCCAUCCACACGCGUGCCCAUGUGGGCACCUUGAUUGGCUAUGUCUACAGCCUGGGCCAGUUCCUCCUGGCUGGUGUGGCCUAUGCUGUGCCCUACUGGCGCCACCUGCAGUUGCUGGUCUCUGUACCUUUUUUUGCCUUCUUCAUCUACUCGUGGUUCUUCAUCGAGUCUGCCCGCUGGUACUCCUCUUCUGGGAGGCUGGACCUCACCCUGAAGGCCUUGCAGAGAGUGGCUCGAAUCAAUGGAAAGCAGGAAGAGGGGGCCAAGCUGAGUAUGGAUGUACUCCGCGCCAGUCUACAGAAGGAGCUGACUCUGAGCAAAGUCCAGGCCUCGGCCAUAGAGCUGCUGCGCUGCCCUGCCCUUCGGCGCCUCUUCCUCUGCCUCUCCAUGCUAUGGUUUGCCACUAGUUUUGCCUACUAUGGGCUAGUCAUGGACCUGCAGGGAUUUGGGGUCAGCAUCUACCUAAUCCAAGUGAUCUUUGGUGCUGUGGACCUGCCUGCCAAGUUCGUGUGCUUCUUCGUCAUCAACUCCCUUGGUCGCCGGCCUGCACAGAUGGCCUCAUUGCUGCUGGCAGGCAUCUGCAUCCUGGUGAAUGCAGUGAUACCCAAAGAGCAGACAAUUGUCCGUACCUCCCUUGCUGUGCUGGGGAAGGGCUGUCUGGCUGCCUCCUUCAACUGCAUCUUCCUGUACACCGGGGAGCUGUACCCCACAAUGAUCCGGCAGACAGGUUUGGGAAUGGGCAGCACUAUGGCCCGAGUGGGCAGCAUCGUAAGCCCGCUAGUGAGCAUGACCUCCGAGCUCUACCCCACCCUGCCUCUCUUUAUCUAUGGCGCCGUCCCUGUUGCCGCAAGUGCGGCCACCGCCCUCCUCCCAGAGACCCUGGGCCAGCCGCUGCCGGAUACAGUGCAGGACCUGGAAAACAGGUGGGCCUUCACUCAGAGAGGAGCAGGGACUUACCCCAGGAGAGGGAAACCGAGGCAUCAACAGCAAGAGCAGCAGAAGCAGAUGGUACCACUCCAGGCCUCCGCACAAGAGAAGAAUGGACUCUGAGGACCAAAGGGGCCUUACAGAGCCCUAAAGGGAGUGAGGUCUUACAGGUCCUCUGGUCACUCACACAAAGGGGUGGAGGGGGGAGGACAGCCCAACUGUGGGGGCUGUGGUUCAGGGAAGCACCCCUUCAGGGGUCCUCCUCCCUGAACAGACCCCCACCAAGACUACAUCAUUAAAAGGUUUGACUGUGUAC